AUGCCUGAGCCCGCCACAUCCCUCAGCCGAGACAAGGCCUUGAUCUUUAUCCCAGAAGACCCUCGUCCGGAAUGGACGUCGAAGCUUCAAGUCAAAUAUCCGGGUAUCCAAAUCAGAUGGCACAGAUCAAUUGACGAGAACGGCGCUUUGGUUUCUUAUGAACAUCUCCCUGGCGAGGUAUGGGAUGAUCUGACGGUGUUGUGUGCUUUUGCGCCACCUCCAGCUAAAUAUUUGAGGAAUGUCCGAUUCGUCCAAUUGACAUCUGCUGGUGCUGAUAAAUGGAUGCAACACGAGACUUACAAGGAUCACCGCGUCAUCUUUUGUACUACGAAUGGAAUCCAUCCUCCACAGAUUGCAGAAUGGGUAAUCGGCACCUGGAUAUCCCACCAGCAUCACUUCUCCCGAUACGAAUCCCAAAUGCGACGUGGGUAUUGGGAGCCGCCAUACUCAUCAAGAGUGCAGGAUUCCACAAGAGCUCGGAUGGGAAUACUGGGUUAUGGAGCAAUAGGCAGACAGUGUGCACGACUAGCUAAUGCGAUGGGGAUGGACGUGUACGCAUACACGCGGACGGAGAAGACGACGGCAGAAUCCCGCAAAGACGACAGCUACUGCGUGUCGGGAACCGGUGACCCUGACGGUUUAAUACCAUCAAAGUGGUUUCAUGGCGCAUCGCGGGACGAGGUUGACACUUUUCUUGGCCAGAAUCUCGACAUACUGGUCAUCAGUCUGCCACUUACGGAGUCGACUCGUGGCAUAAUUUCCCAUAAGCAAUUCGAAAUCCUCAGCGUAAACAAGACGUUCGUCUGCAACAUAGCGAGAGGUGGGCAUAUAGACCAGGAAGCUUUGAUCCGAGCCCUGGAGACGGGGCAGAUCCGUGGUGCCGCGCUAGAUGUCACCGACCCGGAACCGUUGCCAAGGGAUCAUCCACUGUGGAAAGCUCCGAAUUUGUUGAUUACACCACAUGUGAGCUGGCUGAGUGAUUACUACUGGGACCGGAUUCUGGACAUUCUGGAGAUAAACCUAGAGAAUUUGGCUGAGAAUAAGGCUCUGAUAAACGUCGUGAAUCGUCAGCACCACUACUAG